AUGAGGCGAAAGCCACGAACAACGCUCUUAAUCUUUUUACUAGCCAUUCUUGCAUUCGCAGCUUAUUCUCUUCUUCUCUCACGUGACGCCGUUUCCAAUUGGCAACCCGAUUUCGGCUUCGACGAUCUUCCGAGAAAGCUCAACGCAAAAAAUCAUGUCUCCGUUACUACCAAUGCAAAGAAAAAUCAUAUGGUUAACGAGUUUCAGCAUCAAUCCCGCCGCGUUUCGUCCAUCAACUUCGAAAAAUCUUUCUCAACGGUUUCGGUUUUGUUACCUGAUUGGGAGAUUCUCCUUCUCGUUUCGCCGAACACGCUGUUAUCUUCUUCCGAUCAAUUUAACUGCUUAUUCGACAAUAAUCGUAUGUCUCCGGCGAGAUUCUCCGGUGUUUUACCUUUCACCAACCGUUCAACGUUCAAGUGCGACAUGCCGGAACCAGCUCGGCGUCGGAGAAAACUGACUCAGCCUAUGCUGGUGACUGGAAGGUCAGAGAAUGAAAAGCAUGAUCAAUAUCCGGCACCGGAGCUUCUCAGAUGGAAUUUUCUCGUCUACGAGUCGUUUUCUACAGAAGACGACGUCGUUUUGUUCGCCAAAGGUGUGACUCAUCGUCAAGGCUACGAUCUACCUCCAAACGAAUUCAACUGCGUUUUCCAAAUCGGUAACGGAAUUCGCACCGCCGUAACAAGCUCCGUUCAAGAGGUUUUCCGAUGCCAUCAUCCAGAUCCAUCCAAUCUGCGUUCCAAUUCGAGAAUCGGAGUUUCCUUAGAGAUUAUUCAAAAAAACCUCGUGAUUCCAUCCGUAGCGUAUUACACAGGCAGGCCCAAUUUAAAGCCCAAACAAAAUGAUUAUCCUUUUGCUUCACAAAUGUUUAGAUCAGAGACCCAUUUAAAAGCCCAGCCCAAAUAUUUCCUGUGUGCAUGCACUAUGGUUUACAACGUAGCCAAAUUCUUAAGAGAAUGGGUUGUGUAUCAUUCAAAAAUUGGAGUUCAAAAUUUCUUAUUGUAUGAUAAUGGAAGCGAUGAUGAUUUACACGGAAUAAUCAAAGAGCUUCGUGAAGAAGGUUAUAAUAUAAGCACUUUGCUUUGGAUUUGGCCUAAAACUCAAGAAGCUGGAUUCUCACAUAGCAUUCUUUACUCAAAAUCAAAGAGGUUAUGCACUUGGACUAUGUACGUUGAUGUUGAUGAAUUCAUGUAUUCUCCCUCCUGGGUUAAUAAUGGUAGUGUCCGUCUGAACGCUACUGAUGAUAAUGAAAAUGAAUCCCAGAUAGAAGAUGAAAAUGAAAAUGAAAUAUUACCGUCGUUGAAAUCAAUGUUACCGCGGGAAGACGGUAAUUAUUAUUAUAGGGAUGGUAAAGUAGGACAGGUGUCAAUCAUGUGUUUAGAAUAUGGGCCAUCAGGACAACGACAACAUCCGGUACAAGGUGUAACACAGGGUUACACGUGUCGGAGAAAAGUGGAACAGAGACACAAAUCCAUUGUGUUGUUGGAAGCGGUUGACAAGAGUUUAUGGAAUGUGAUACAUCAUUUUCAGGUGAAUCAGAACGAGGGUUUUAGAUCGAAGCAAAUUGGUCCGGAAGAAGGUUUGGUGAAUCAUUAUAAGUACCAAGCGUGGGAUGAGUUUAAGAACAAGUUUAGGAGGAGAGUUUCUGCUUAUGUUGUGGAUUGGAGACAGAAUGUGAAUCUGAAUUCGCAAGAUAGGACACCUGGGUUGGGGUUUGAGGCUGUUGAACCUAAGGAUUGGACACACAGGUUUUGUGAAGUUAAGGAUGACAGGUUGAGAUUGUUGACACGUGAAUGGUUUGGAUCGUUCACGCCUAAUGGGUAUAGAAUGGCAUGGCAAACAAAAUAA